UCUAAGUCUUGAUGAUGAUUAGCCCUACUCGUGCGUACAUGCGUGUAGGCACUGGGCGCGUGCCUUUUUGAAGCUUGAAUUUCCCGGUUAAAUUUCUUGGAAAAAGUUGCUUACCGCGUAAAAGUCAUCGCAGGAUAAAUCAUUCGUUCUUGCACACAAUCAUACCCUUUCGAUCAACUCGUCGUAUCAUCGUCAUACGAACAGGAUCAAUCAAUCAUUAUGAUCAUUCCAGUUCGUUGUUUCUCAUGCGGAAAAGUGAUUGGAGAUAAAUGGGACGCAUACAUUUCUCUGCUCGUACAAGGAGAAGAAGAAGGACCGGCUUUGACAAAAUUGGGAUUACAGAGAUAUUGCUGUAGACGAAUGGUGCUGACGCAUGUUGAUUUGAUCGAAAAGUUGUUGCAUUACAACAGUGAGUACACAGCGAAGUGGAUGGUUGAUUCAACAAUGCUCUCGUUACUCACACAAAUCUUCCUCUUUCUUCCUCCCUUUGCACAGUCCACGAGAAGCGCUCUUCGGCAGCUGCUAUGUAGGCAACCACCUCAUCACCAAAAGAUGAAAGGCAAAGCGGACUGUUCUCUACUGCUUUCGACUCAUCCGCAUCCUCUGUAUUUCUAGGCACAUUCUAAUCACCAUCUGAUCUUCUUUCUUCUUUGCACAUUCCUGCAGCUCAAAAGAAGCCUCGGGUUGCAUCUACCGUUUCAUCGGAAACGAUCUAUUCGAGGAAAAUUAACAGACUCAU